AUGGAUGGUGGUAGAGCAGGCUCAGGUUCAGCAUCCGGUUCCGAUACUGGUGCAUGCCCAUUCCUUCGACGACAGAGCGUUAAGAGGACUUUCAGUACAAUGGCGGAAGCCCGGCGAAGCAGCUCGCCUGAUUCUCUUUUUGUCUCGCAACACGACCACCAUUACAACAACGCACACGCUGCACACCGUCAUACGCCUCUCGCCCUUCCCCCCACCGCACGACGGCCACGAUAUGCAGGAGACGGCCUAGACUAUCGGAGACCCACAACCACAACAUCGUCAACAACAUCAACAAGAGCGGCAUCAGCUGGGAUGGGCAAUAAUAGCACCGUCAUUGACCUGACUUUGGAGGAGGACAGUUCAAGGAGUGCGCGGACAGAGCCUGAGGCAUCUUUGGCGGCAGUGACGCCGGAGCCGGGACCUUCUCGUGCACAGCAACGAGUCCCAAACUUUCAUUCACACAACAUCUUCGACAUCGAAAGUGACGCCGAGGAGCGCGAGGAACAGGAACGUGAGCCGUCACGAGGAGGACCUUCCGCACAUCACACCCGCCGACAAGAUCACAAUCAACAUCAUCAUCUUCCAGCACCACACUACCCACUCCACCGAGAUCACAACACCGUGAACGCGGCCUCAAGAAAUUCACCCAUGGCACCACCUCCGAGGACACUCCCAGCCCCGUGGGAACCACCGGCACCCCGAAACAGGACUGCACCACAACAAACAGGCGCUGCGGCGCGCGAUAGUCACACCAUCGACCUCACAGGUGACGAUGAUGAUGAUGAAGUCGUCCUCACCGAUGUUCGCCCUCGCUUUACACCACAACUCAACACUGGAAGGCCAGAGGCCACGGCGGGCACCGGCACUAGGGCUGUCGUUGAUCGUAUGUUCGGUGCGGCAGGUGCAGCUCCAGCAGCUCUCAUGGAACGAAUUUUUGGGUUUGGAGGUGCUGUCGCUGGAGGUGCUGUCGUAGGCGGCGCUCAGCCCGGCACUGCCCACAAUGUUCGCCUUGCAGUUCCCCACGGGUUGAAUGUAAAUCUCGAAUACACCAUUGCUGCCUUUGCGGUUGGUGAGGCUCUCCGACCUCCAACACCAAAGUAUGAGGAACCACCAGAUGCCGAGCCUGGCUUCACGCGAAGUCCUGGAGAGGAUGAGGAAGUCGUUUGUCCGAAUUGUGGAGAUGAGCUUUGUAUGGGAGACAACGACGUCAAGCAGCAGGUUUGGGUCGUCAAGGCCUGUGGACAUGCGUAUUGCGGAGAGUGUGCUCGUGACCGCGGUAUCAAAACCCCCAAGCCCAAGGGCAAGGGCAAGGCGAAGGCGGAAUCAUCAGCAGAUGGUAUGCCUCUACCCAUGAAGAAGUGCCAAGUGAUUGGUUGCGAGAAAGCGGUGACGGCCAAGACGUCAAUGCUACGAGUCUACGUGGAUGGCUAG